AUGCAGAUCUUCGUCAAGACUCUUACCGGCAAGACCAUCACCUUGGAGGUCGAGUCGAGCGACACCAUCGACAACGUCAAGAGCAAGAUCCAGGAUAAGGAAGGCAUUCCUCCUGACCAGCAGCGCUUGAUCUUCGCUGGCAAGCAGCUCGAGGAUGGCCGCACCCUUUCCGACUACAAUAUCCAAAAGGAAUCCACUCUUCACCUCGUGCUUCGUCUCCGUGGUGGAAUGCAGAUUUUCGUGAAGACCCUUACCGGAAAGACCAUCACCCUUGAGGUUGAGUCUAGUGACACCAUUGAUAACGUUAAGAGCAAGAUUCAGGACAAGGAGGGCAUUCCUCCUGACCAGCAGCGUUUGAUCUUCGCUGGUAAGCAGCUUGAAGAUGGCCGUACCCUGUCCGACUACAAUAUUCAGAAAGAGUCCACUCUGCACCUGGUUCUGCGCUUGCGUGGUGGUAUGCAAAUCUUCGUCAAGACCCUCACUGGAAAGACAAUCACGCUGGAGGUGGAAUCAUCCGAUACAAUCGAUAAUGUGAAGUCAAAAAUUCAGGACAAGGAAGGAAUUCCCCCUGACCAGCAGCGUCUCAUUUUCGCUGGCAAACAACUUGAAGAUGGUCGCACCCUGUCUGAUUACAACAUUCAGAAAGAGUCCACACUUCACUUGGUCCUUCGUCUCCGUGGUGGUAUGCAGAUCUUCGUUAAGACGCUCACCGGCAAGACUAUCACAUUGGAGGUUGAGAGCUCAGACACAAUCGACAACGUGAAAUCAAAGAUUCAAGACAAGGAGGGCAUUCCCCCAGACCAGCAACGUCUCAUCUUCGCCGGUAAGCAGUUGGAAGAUGGACGCACGCUCUCCGACUAUAACAUCCAGAAGGAGAGCACUUUACAUCUGGUCUUGCGUCUCCGUGGUGGAAACUGA